AUGGAUUAUGAUGAAAUGGAUAUUGAGCCCCAGGGGCCGCAGGUCACAGUGCGAGAGGCUGAACCACACAGAGUCGACUUCCGCCUCACUUCCGUAGAUCUCGCCUUUGCCAACUCUCUGCGUCGCGUAAUGCUCACCGAAGUACCCACGGUAGCCAUCGACGUCGUCGAAAUCGAAUCAAACACCUCUGUCCUGCCCGAUGAAUUCAUUGCCCAUCGUCUCGGCCUCAUCCCCCUACACUCCAAGAACUGUGACGUUGACAUGGUCUACGCACGAGAAUGUGACUGCGAAGGCGGCUGUUCACGGUGCCUGAUUACGCUGCAGCUACAUGCAAAAUGUACGGGCGAGGGGGUUAUGGUGGUAUAUGCGCGCGAUCUGGUGGUGGUUGGGGACCGCGCGAAUGAGUGGGUAGGGAAUCCGGUGAUCAACGACCCUGCGGGGAAGGGCCCGAUAAUUUGCAAGUUAAGAAGGGGACAGGAGGUGAAGAUGACGUGUACCGUGAAGAAGGGGAUUGCGAAGGAGCACGCGAAAUGGUCGCCCACGGCAGCGGUGGGAUUUGAGUAUGAUCCGCAUAAUAAUUUGAAACAUGUGGAUUAUUGGUAUGAAGAGGACCCGAUCAAGGAAUGGCCGAUUUCUGCCAACGCCGAAUGGGAGAACCCUGUUCCACCUGAUAUGCCGUUUGACUAUGAUGCCACACCCUCGACUUUCUAUCUCGAUGUUGAAAGCGUCGGAAGCCUGGAACCAGACGCCAUCGUCCAGCAAGGUAUCAGUGUUCUCCAGCGAAAGCUUGCAGAAAUUAUAUCUGCCUUGACUGGCACCGGAGAACCCAACGAACGUGGAGACGGUAUGAAUGGUGUUGAUAUCGAUGGGGCGCGGAGUCCGGACGCGUACGAGCCACCGGAAGGUAUUGAUGGCGGGUUUAGCACUUAUGCACCAAAUGGCGUUGGAGCCGGUGUAGGAGGUCAGAGUGUAUGGGGCGGUGCUGGCGGCACAACUCCAUAUGGAGCGACGCCAUACGGCCAAGGCUAUGGAUUCUAG